AUGAGACCAUUAUAUCUAAUCUCAGGUCCAGAGGUGCUGCAUGCUGAGACCCCGACUCUUCUGGCUGUCUCCAUCCUUAGUGACUUCCCUGUAAGGGUGAAAGCCCAAGUGACCCAUGGGAAAUCCAACAUAACCCUGGUGGAGGACACCUUCCCAGGAGGUGAUGCUGGAAUCUUUUCUACUUAUAUGUUUGAGAUAUCUGGAAGCUAUAUGACAGAGUUAUCCUUCGUCACCUUGGUGGUGAAGGGCUACCAGGGAGACAAGCUUCUUUUCGCCAAUACCACCACCCUAGGUGUCAAUCCCACAACGAUAGACGCCUUCAUCCAGACUGAUAAAUCACGUUACCGACCCACAGAGACCGUCAGAAUCAGAGUGGUGUCUGUCCAGCCGGACAAUCAUCCAUACAAAGGCAGGGUGGAGAUCACUGUUCGGGACCCCAAGAGGAAAGCUGUGCAAAGCUGGGUUACCAUGGGCAGUUAUCUGGGAAUUGUGUCUAAAGAAUUCACAUUGUCCCAGAGACCUCCCCUUGGACAGUGGGUGAUCACAACUACGGUGAAUGGCCAGGCUGAUGAGAAAGCCUUCAUCGUGGAACACUAUGAAUUGCCCCGUUUCGAAGUACACAUCAACAGUGCCCCAGAGGUCCUAGCUGGAGAUGACGUCUCAGGAACCGUCAGAGCUCAGCACCACAGUGGCAAGCCAGUACAGGGGACACUAUCUGUCUCAGUAACUUUAGUGGCAUCUUUGUAUAACGGAGGCAAACCCUUCAACCUUAAUCAAACCAAAGAGAUCUAUGGGUCAGCGCAGUUCUUCUUCAGUAAAGAUAAUCUUUUAGCCCUACACAAAUACGGUUCAGUAAGAAAACACAUGGCUGAUGACAGUAGUGUUGUCAUGACCAUCACUGCCAGCGUUACUGAGGUCUUGACAGGAUUUAAAGUAAACAGAAGAGUUGAAGUUCAGGUUAUGGAGAACACUUUCCAGCUUACUUUCUUCAAUUUUCCACAAGUUCUGAAGCCAUCUUUACGCUUCUCUACAAAACUUAGAAUAUCUCGGUAUGACAGAAGACCACUGAGCACAUUGGAUUUAAGGAGCUCUGUAUCAGUUGAAGUGACUCAGAAAACACAAAAAACGGAUGCAGAACCUACAACUAAGAAGCUUCCAGUGCCUGAGGACGGGAUAGUCCACAUCGGGUUCACAUUACAGGACACAGUAGAGAUGCUUUUCAUCAAAGCCACAUUCAAGUCUGCCGAAGAGUUUUUGAGGCUCUACAACAACUACUCCUCUCCUAGUGGAUCAUAUAUCCAGAUCCAGAAAAUCAGCCCUCUCCCUGCACAGAUUGGACAGCCUCUUCAAAUAGAUGUGGAGAGUUCUUUUCAACCCAGCGAGCUUCACUAUGUGGUCAGCUCCAGAGGACAAGUGGUGGCUGCUGGGACAAAGACUUCCUCUUCCUCCUUUUCUUUGACCCCAACAAUGUCCUGGACCCCUGAGGCCCACGUCACAGUCUUCUCUGUUCUUGCCGAUGGAGAGGUCACCGAUGAUGCAGCACUCGUACCCAUGCAUGAACAAAACUAUGUUUUCUUGAACUGGAGCAGUGACAAGGUUAGACCAGGGGAGCAGGUAUCUCUUAAUGUCACCGUCCGCGAACCCGGAUCCCAGGUGGGAAUCCUGGUAGUAGAGGGGGGUGUUGAUGACCCCGUGGACAACCAGGACCUCCAAGAGGAGAAGGAAUCCAAUAUUAUGGUGAUGACCGAUGCCAAGCUACAUAAGAACCAACAGCCUGAUGAACCUGAAAUAGGUAAUUCAAAGCGAGGUUUCACACAGCGAGAGAAAAACUGGGGGAUGGAUGUGGACUGUACUGCUACCUGGCUGUGGCUGGACACUAAUGUUAGUGAUUCUACUUGGACCACUCUGCAAGUUACAGUACCAGACAGCAUCACUACUUUGAGAGCUGUAGCACUGGUGAUGUCAGAAAAACUGGGUUUUGGUCUCACAACUGUACCACAGAGGCUGACUGUAUCGCGUGAUUUCUCGCUGUCUAUGGACGUGCCAUCAUACCUCAUCCGUGGAGAAGAGCUCGUCCUGGAGGUGAACAUUUUCAACCACCUUCGGGCUGCCAUGGAGGUCAUACUGUUGGUAGCGCAGAACGAGGCCUACGAGUUUGUUCUGGCAAAGGAAAGGGAUAUCUCUGUGGUGAACGCACGGAAAAUCACUGUAGGAAGUCAGGGUGCUGCCUCGGCCCUCUUUCCCAUAAGGCUCCUGGCUUUGGGCAAGGUGGAAAUAUCUGUGGAUGCCAUAUCUGCUGAGGUCUCAGAGAACCUCAUACGAACUGUGCUUGUGAAGCCUGAAGGAGUUGAACAGACCUUCUCAAAGACUCUGUUCCUGGAGCUGGCACCGAUGAGGCGCAACAAUUCCAGAACCGUCUCCUUCUCCUUUCCACCAGAUGUGGUACCGGGCAGCCAGAGGGCCCAUGUGGCGGUGGUUGGUGACAUUCUGGCCUUUUCUAUUGGCAACUUGGAUUCGCUGGUUCAGAUACCUCAUAGUUGUGGGGAACAGAACAUGAUCCAUUUUGCACCAAGUAUCUACAUUCUCCAGUACCUGGACAAGACCCCCGAAAACAACGAGGAGCUCAGGACCAGGACACUGGGCUACAUGAUAGAAGCUUAUCAGAGGGAACUGUCCUACCAACGAGAUGAUGGCUCCUUCAGCGCUUUUGGUUCUAGCGACUCUUCUGGCAGCACAUGGCUAACAGCAUUUGUCGUGAGGUGCCUCCUCCAGGCCCAGUCCUUCAUAGAGGUGGAGCACAGCGUCCUCUCCAGGGCCAUAGGCUGGCUCUGGAGCAACCAAGGUCCCCAGGGAGAGUUUACCGAGGUGGGCAGGGUCAUCCACUCGGAGCUGGCAGGAACCCUGAAUGAAGGCCCAGUGACGAUCACCGCCUUUGUACUGCUGGCACUGUUAGAGGAGCAGACCUACGGGGACCUCUACCCAACCAAUGUGUCCCUGGCCAGAAGGUACCUGGAGAGCAGCGUGUUUGGCGGAGUGGUCAGUAACUACACUUUGUGUCUGGCGGCCUACGCCCUGGCUCUGGCUAACAGCCCUGUCGCCGGCACUGCCCUGGCAGAGCUCAGCAGAAGAGCCGAUAACGAAGAUGGAGUCUUGAUGUGGAGGUCCUCUGACGUUCUGGACCCAGAUGAGUGGCAGCCGCCCUCGGUGCAGAUAGAGAUGGCCUCUUAUGUGCUGCUGGCUCUGUACAGGCGUGGUAAUGUGGUGGAGGGCAUUCCCCUCAUGAAGUGGCUGAGCAAGCAGAGGAACCAUCUUGGGGGCUAUGGGACCACACAGGACACGGUGGUGGCCCUGCAGGCCUUGGCUUGCUAUGCUGCCUUCAGCGGAGCCGAUACCAUCGACCUCCGACUCAAGCUGUCCAUGUUAGCAUCGAAUUCUGUAUCCCACUUCAGCAUCAACUCCAGCACCUACCUAACGUAUCAGGGCCAGGAGGUUGACGCGGAAAAGGACCUGCUCAUAGACGUGUACAUGGAAGGGAGAGGAUUCGCCUUACUUCAGAUGAAUGUCUUCUAUAACUUGGGGGGCGGAGCGCCUUCACAGAGACUCCAUCAUGCUGCAGACCACGAGGCUUUCUCUUUAAGUCUCCAUGUCCUUCAUGAUGAGCGAGACCACAAUCACAUGCUGCUGUCUAUAUGCACUCGAUUACUGGACAAUCAAGGGCUAUCUCAAACAGGUAUGGCCAUGUUGGAUGUGGGCAUGCUCAGUGGUUUCGUUCUUGCUCCUGAGGCUGCCCCAAUGGACCUCAUCAGAAAGGUGGAGGCAUCCCCUGGAAAAGUUAGCCUGUACCUAGAUUCAGUUACCACGUCGGAGGUGUGCGUCAAACUCCCGCUGAUCAGAAAUUUCAAAGUGGCCCAUGUGAGAGAUGCUGUGGUGCAGAUAUAUGACUACUAUGAGCCUAGACGAAGAGCGGUAAGGACAUACAACUCAGAUAUGCUGCGCAGCAUGAACUCCUGUACCUUCUGCGGAAGAGAAUGUAAGCGAUGUGGGGCAGGGAUCGCCAUCUCCGUUUCCUCCACGUUCAACUUUAUGACUGAAACCAUGAUCGACAUUGUUGCUCACGUAGAUGACAACCAUGUACUAUUACCCUUUACACGCGAGUUCUCCACUUGCGCACGCCGCACUCGGACCUGCAGAGGAGUUGCAGCUAUCGCCCACAAACUGACUAUGGCAACGCCGAGAAGUAAAUUCGACGAAGAGCUUCGCCAGAUUGAAGACAUGCUUGAGCGUCUCGAAGUAGAACUUCUCCGGGAGAAGAACGACGCCACUCGGAAGAAGAUGACCCGCGGAGGAGGGGCCGAUGGAGGCCGCGCGCCCCGCGGCUCGGAGUUUGCGACCGACGCUGGGAGGUCGCGGUCCACCCUGAUUUCAUCGCCGGCCGCCGCCCAUCCGCUUCCGACCGCCGCCAUUAUAUCACCGGUCACCGUCACCACCUCGCUAACCAACGCCACUACAACCCCAGCACCCCCUGCUAAUGCCAUGCUGCCGUCACCAAGGAUCUUCAAGCUCCCACCGUAUGCUGGCAUCACGGCCCUGGAGCCUUACCUAGCACAAGUAAAACAAGCAGCAAUGUACCACCGUUGGAGCACCCGAGACACUGCGGUCCACGUUGCCCUGGCACUCGAAGGGAAUGCGCUGCAGGUGGAGCUGGCACCAGUAGCCAGACCCACGACGGCCUUCGCCAUCGGCCAGGGACUCUGGCAGUUUCGUGUGAUGCCCUUUGGUCUCUGCAACGCCCCCGCCACAUUCGAGAGACUAAUGGAGAGGGUGCUGGCUCACAUCCCCCGCAACCGAAGGAACCAGAUCACAAGCCUCAGGGAAAACAGUCUUCCUCAAGUCGGCCUAAUUAAAGUGGAAUCCUUCACUGCCAACACACCCACCAGCUAA